GCAGGUCAUACAUGAUCCUCUAUAAUCUACAUCUUCUUCAACUUCUGAAGAAAUUUCAAAUCAUCUUCAACUCAACUUUCAAGGAGCGUGUUUCGAGGACACUUCAUUAUAUUUUUCGUCAACAUCCUUUAACCAUCGUUCUUCACCAAGCAUCUUGAAACUACUCGGAGUGAUUACCGGCCGUUUAAUCAUGAGGAUUGGCUAGUUCGUCUAAGGGUUGGCCUAACGCGUGUCUAUAAUUUUCCGGUUGGUGUGUUUUCAGUCACACCCCACACGCCUUUACUUGUUGCUGCACGUUGCGAAAUCCAUGCGCGGCCCUAUCGAUUUUAGCCACCCCUAUAUAAAAGGCCUCGUCCACGUAGUCAUGAAAAACAGACGUUACAUUCCAUGCGACAACAGUGAACAGCCAGUGAAUUGAGGGAGACGCUUUAAAAACAGGAUUGUGGCACGCGAAUGAGUAAUUAAAAGAAAAUGAUAUCACAAGAAUGGUUAAUAGUGCUCCUACUCAUGGGGUCAACGGUGGGGCUGUCUGCAGUGCCCCAUCAGACCAUGGAGGAGUCCUUAAAGAGCGCUUACAACGAUCUUCGUUCCUUUAAAUAUCAUGGAGGGGAAGGUGAGAAAAAAUUCGACAGAGAUCAUCAGGGUGACAGAGAGAUAGAAGAAGAAGACGAGGAGAUAGAAUUUUUGCCCAAUGAAAAUGGACAAUUGGAAACUGUAGGAAACGGUUUCCAGGAUCUGAACAACAAAUUGUUGGAAAGGGCAUUAAUAAACUAUUUACAGAACAUCCCGCAACAGGAGGAGCCAGUGACCUCUCUCUUCAGAGAACGUGAACGAAGCUCCAGUCGUAAACGAGGCAGUGGUUCUGAACGAUUGAACGUCGACAAUAAAGAGUUGGCUAAAUUUUUCUUGGAGGAAUUACAGGAUGGAUCAUAUAACGUUGGAGAUGUUGAGAAUGAAGGAUACAUGGAUGGUCGUCAGAUGCUUUAUGACAGAUACAGAGGCGAUAGAACCAAUAAACCUCACGAGAAUUCAGGUCCAAUGUCAUGGGGUGAAUUGUUGAACAAAGAGUCUGUGGUUCGAGGACAGGACAGAGAAACCAAUGAAAAUGAUUUCACUAACAGAGAACAGGAUUCAAAUUUGCUCUACCUCUCUCUAGGUGAACAAAGAAACGUGAAUGGUGGUUAUCCAAUGGGACGUUCCAUGAAAAUUUACAGAAACAUGGCUAAGCGCUACCCCAUGGCCAAGAGGAGUCCAAAACCAAUACCUGCAAAAAAACAAGUCACUGAUCCUAAAGUUGCUCAAGAUCUAGGAGCACUAUUUGGCACACAAUCUGUGGAUAAUAAGGAAAAUCACACGCAUAAUCAUGAUCAUGAACAUGAACACAGGGACGCUCGUGAACAUAAUCACGAUCUUGAUCAUGAGCAUGAUCAUAGGGAUCAGCAUAAGCACGAGAGUUCCUCUGAAUCACCAAAAGUGACUCCGCCGCCAAAAGGGCAGAAAGAAAACGCCACGAAGCAGGACAAAUCAAAACAGAACAUGGCAGAGAAUCUGAAGGCAAACGAUCGUGGCUAUGAGAAGGAAGCCAUUGAAAGGAAAGAUAAACUGGAUCAGCAGGAUAUCAAGCAGAAAAUCAUUAAGGAUUUGAUCAUUGAGGAAGCUCUGAGAAACGCAGACUCCGAAGACAGCAUAGACUUGCAAAAAGAGAAGGAUAAGGUGAUGACACGCAUGGCUGCUGCGUACUCUUUGGAGAAGAUGAUAAAGGCUCUGUACGACCUCAAGACUAACGUUGCAGCACGAAUAAAGGCUCAAAAAACUGCACAUGCACAAAGUAACCAAACUUCGAACUUCAGAGAAAAUAGUAAUACUCCUAGAUCCAAGGAUAAACGCACCAACAAUUUAAUUGAAACUGAUGGUGUGGAAGACAAUAGAGCCUGUCCAGAGUUGGAAGCCAUUGAAAAGAGGUGCAGAACAGCCGAUAGUUUGGCUGGAGAUGAGUCACAGAAGCUCUACUUGCCCUGUGUGAUGCUUCAAAUCUGCAAGGCCUGUGUACAAGAUGAUCUAGAAGAAGAAUGUUUGGGCAAUUACGCGAUGGAAGCGGGAAAAAUUUGCGACGCUCAAGAACUAAGAGAAGGACAAAAGGGUAGAGAGUCGUGCGCCAGUACAGCUUUAAUAUUGUCUCAAUUACAGCCUCCAGCAGCGGUCUCCGUUCAGUGUCGCCUCGAUGGAAACGAGUCUUGCUUACGGCGUUACCAUUAUCGCUAUUUGCAUCGGUAUCUUCGCUACCCUUAUGGUGGACGACGCUUGAACAGCGGUUAUGACAUGAUGAACACCCAACAAUCAGAUCGAUAAAGAGUAAAAUCGGUGAUGUGACGUUAACGACACAUCGAGGAUCCUCUCUCUGUCAAGAAACGUGUAGCUCUUCAACAAACAUGCGACCUCGAAUCGAGCUUUAUUUUCAAUAGUCAACUUUCAGUGUUUCGUUUACUUUGAGCAUUGAAUGAGGUCUAAGGUUUGAGGUUAGGUUAAGUUGACGUAACAUUUUAUCAAGGAGGAAAGAAGUAGUUGCAAUCUACGUUGAAGAUCUAAUUUUGUUUUUAAGUUAAAUGGAUUAAACGGGGUUGUAUAACGUUUAAAAUCGAUUGGAGAACACUAGGAUGACAGCAGGCGAAGUUCCAGUGGCUUCAAGUUUUUGCGUAUAUAAUUGAAUACAAUAAAGGAUGAUUCUAUUCCGCGCAGAUAAUAUUAUUUGAUAAAACAGAAAAUAUAUCUUGGGCAAGAAAAAUGUUUUCCAUUUGUGAGGUGUUUUUCUGUUCUGAAUUAUAAAUGCGACGAUGAACGAUAGGGGACAAUAAUAGUCGACUAAAGUUUUGUUAUUUUUUUUAGCGAUGAAUAAAUUUGGAAAUUUUUUCCCGUACAGGAUAGAAAUCUUUGAAUAAAAUCGCAAUAAUCGAUCAUGAAGCCAUCCUUUGAAUUUAUCGAUAUACAAACAAAUAUAAUCGAAUUGGGCGCCUCGCAAAGAAUCGAUUAUAUAAUAAAAUGCAUUAAAGUAGUCGUUGAACACCAAAAAG